UGUUUGGUGUCUGUUAUUCGCACAAAGUAAAUGAAACCAAAUGAAAUGGGCAUGCCAUUAUAACCAGUUCACUUUUUUUGUGUGACGCUACUACUACUACUGCUGCUUGUGAGGAUCAUAUAAUCAUUUUGGUUUAGAGAGAGAAAGUGACAGAGGAGAGAGAGAGAGAGAGUAUGGAGAUAGAGGCGUCGGCAAGUGGGAGUCACGGCGGCGGAUCAAGAGGGGCGUACUUGGUUUGGGAAGAUCUAAGCGUUGUCAUUCCAAACUUUGGUGAUGGGCCCACCAAGAGGUUGCUCAACGGGCUGAAGGGCUAUGCUGAGCCCGGUAGGAUUAUGGCCAUUAUGGGCCCUUCCGGUUCUGGAAAAUCCACUCUUCUUGAUGCAUUAGCAGAUAGACUUUCAAGGAAUGUGGUCAUGACUGGGAAUAUUCUUUUCAAUGGGAGCAAGAAAAGACUUGACUAUGGUGCUAUUGCUUAUGUGACACAAGAAGAUGUGUUGCUGGGAACACUAAGCGUAAGAGAAACCAUAGCAUAUUCAGCCAAUUUGAGGCUUCCAACAAGUAUGAGCAAAGAAGAAGUAAACAGCAUUGUGGAAGAAACAAUCAUAGAAAUGGGGCUCUACGACUGCGCUGAUCGGUUAAUCGGAAACUGGCAUUUGAGAGGGAUCAGUGGUGGUGAGAAGAAGAGAUUAAGCAUUGCUCUUGAGAUUCUCACACGCCCUUGUCUUCUCUUCCUUGAUGAACCCACUAGUGGUCUUGACAGUGCUUCAGCUUUCUUUGUUGUCCAAACACUUAGAAAUGUUGCCCGUGAUGGAAGAACUGUCAUCUCGUCUAUUCACCAACCCAGUAGUGAAGUCUUUGCACUCUUUGAUGACCUUUUCUUGUUGUCAAGUGGUGAAACUGUUUAUUUCGGAGAAGCAAAGAAUGCUGUGGAGUUCUUUGCUGAAGCUAAUGUUCCAUGCCCUAGCAGAAAGAACCCCUCUGAUCACUUCCUGCGUUGUAUAAAUAAAGACUUCGACAAAGUCAGAGACACCAUCAAAGGGUCACUAAAAUUGCGAGACGUCCCACAAUCAGAUCCUCUGAUGAAUGUCGUCACAGCAGAAAUCAGAGCAAAUCUUGUUGAAAAAUACCGGUACUCGAAUUAUGCAACAAGGGCCAGAGCCAGAAUUCAAGAACUCUCUUCCAUUAAUGAGGACAGGACAAUUGAAACGAAAAGUGGAAGUCAAGCAAGUUGGUGGAAGCAACUUACAACGUUGGUGCGAAGAUCAUCUUUGAACAUGUCUAGAGACGUUGGUUAUUAUUGGUUAAGGAUAAUUAUCUACAUAGUUGUAUCUGUAUGUGUUGGGACAAUUUAUUUUGAUGUGGGCAAUAGCUAUACGGCCAUUUUCGCUCGGGCAUCUUGUGCUGCAUUCAUAACAGGAUUUAUGACAUUUAUGUCUAUUGGAGGCUUCCCAUCUUUUGUUGAAGAAAUGAAGGUUUUCUAUAAAGAAAGGCUUAAUGGGUAUUAUGGAGUUUCAGUCUUUAUAUUAUCCAACUUCAUAUCUGCAUUCCCAUUCUUGGUGGCAAUUACACUUGUUACCGGGACCAUUACCUUUUACACGGUGAAGUUCCGACCGGAGUUUUCUCACUAUGUGUUCUUCUGCCUUAAUAUCUUCACCUCCAUUGCUGUUAUUGAGAGCCUCAUGAUGGUUGUUGCUUCAUUGGUCCCUAAUUUCCUCAUGGGAAUUAUAGUUGGAGCUGGUAUUAUGGGCAUUUUAAUGAUGACCUCCGGUUUCUUUCGGUUGCUGCCUGAUCUUCCCAAGCCAGUUUGGCGCUACCCGAUUUCUUUCCUCAGUUUUGGUUCGUGGGGAAUUCAGGGUGGCCUCAAGAAUGACUUGAUUGGGCUGGAAUUCGAACCCCUAUUACCCGGUCAGGCAAAAAUGAGCGGCGAGUACGUCAUCAAGAACCUUUAUGGUAUUUCAUUAGGCCAUUCCAAGUGGUGGGACUUAGCUGCUAUUGUGGCCAUACUCGUCUUGUACCGCGUUCUCUUCUUCGUAAUUCUCAAGUUCAAAGAGAGAGCUUCUCCAUUUUUUCAGGCCCUCUACGCCAAGAGAGCAUUGCAACAUCUUGGCAAGAGGCCUUCCUUCAGGAAAAUGUCCUCUUUCCCUUCCAAAAGGCACAAUCCUCUUUACUCACUCUCUUCUCAAGAAGGUCUUAGCUCUCCUAUACCUCAAUAGAAGCAUUCCAAAAAUAAUAAUAAAAUAAAAUAAAAAAAUCAAUGUUAAACUGCAGUUUCAAGGGUGCUAGCAUGAAUGAAAUAAACCAGUUUCUGUGGUUUUGUGUAGCUAGUCAUUGUCACAUUCUUACAAGAAAUUUUAUCAAAGAAUAAAGCCAUACUUGUUCCUGUUUUAUAUUACAUUAAUGGUUGUUAACAUCGAGUGGUAUUAUUGUCACAAAUGGGAAAACUUCCCUACUUUGGAGUGAUUUCCUUUCCGGACAUUGUAUAGCUUUAGUAUUUGCAAUUAGCAAUUCACAAUUUUAUUGC